AACACCACAGCCAGCCUCCACUUCACACCUCGCUCCCGUCCCUCGAGCACCUGCCAAUGUCGGCUCCCGCCCCCUCCACACGCCAGGCAAUCCUCCUCCUCUCCUUCUGAGAUCGCCGUGCUGCUCCCUGCUCCGCGUCGCGCCGCCAACUUCCUCCAAUCGCGACCCCUCGCCCCCGCAUCUCGUCUCUCCUCCGUUCUUGCCUCCGACGUUCCGGCGCGGCUCUGUUUCCGCGCGGAAUCUCAGCACCUCGCGUGUCCGUCGCCGUUCCGGGGAUCCGCGAAGCCGCGAGCGGGUGCCAGGCAUCGCCGGAGGGGGGAGACGGACAAUGGCGGCAGCUGCGCCACCGCUCUGCACGUGGCUCGUCGCCGCGGGCUCGCACGCCGACUGCGGCGCGGAGGACAGCCGCAGCCACCAGCACCGCCAGACGCAGUGCCUCGAUGGCGGCUCCGGCGCCUCCAUGUUCGGCCCGCGCCGCGACCGCCGCCCCAUCGGGGCCAGGCGCCACAGCUCGGCGCGCUCUGGAAUGGCCAUGGCUGUUGCUUUGCAGCCUGAAAGGGUAAUCGUCGAGAAGAAGAGACCUGAUGUUAAACAAAGGAGGGUGGUUGUCACUGGCAUGGGUGUAGUGACGCCACUGGGCCAUGAUCCUGAUGAGUUUUACAACAACCUUCUGAACGGCACUAGUGGAAUAAGCGAGAUUGAGACUUUUGACUGCUCCAAGUUCCCCACGAGAAUUGCAGGAGAAAUCAAAUCAUUUUCUACCGAUGGUUGGGUUGCACCCAAGCUAGCUAAGAGGAUGGACAAGUUCAUGUUGUAUUUGAUUACUGCUGGUAAGAAGGCAUUGGAAAACGGUGGGCUCACUGAAGAAGUCAGGAAUGAGUUGGAUAAAACCAGAUGUGGGGUUCUUAUUGGCUCUGCGAUGGGCGGCAUGAAGGUAUUCAAUGACGCCAUUGAAGCGCUGAGGGUGUCUUACAGGAAAAUGAACCCAUUUUGUGUUCCCUUUGCAACUACUAAUAUGGGUUCUGCAAUACUUGCAAUGGAUCUGGGAUGGAUGGGGCCAAAUUAUUCUAUUUCCACUGCUUGUGCCACCAGUAACUUCUGUAUCCUCAAUGCAGCAAACCAUAUCAGAAGAGGGGAAGCUGAUGUCAUGCUCUGUGGUGGUUCUGAUGCGCCACUCAUCCCAAUUGGAUUGGGAGGUUUUGUUGCCUGCAGAGCUCUUUCACAGAGGAACAGUGACCCAACAAAAGCUUCCCGGCCGUGGGAUAUGGGCCGUGAUGGUUUCGUUAUGGGAGAAGGGGCAGGUGUUCUAGUAUUGGAAGAACUUGAGCAUGCUAAGCAAAGAGGUGCAACGAUAUACGCUGAAUUUCUUGGUGGAAGCUUCACAUGCGAUGCGUAUCACAUGACUGAGCCGCAUCCUGAAGGAACGGGGAUCACUCUCUGCAUUGAGAAGGCACUGGCUGAUUCAGGGGUAACAAGGGAAGAAAUUAACUAUGUGAAUGCCCAUGCAACAUCUACACAAUCAGGCGAUUUGAAGGAGUAUGAAGCCAUCGUUCGUUGCUUUGGCCAGAACCCUGAGCUAAGGGUGAACUCAACAAAAUCAAUGACCGGGCAUCUUAUAGGAGCAGCUGGUGGAAUAGAAGCUGUUGCUUCUAUACAGGCUAUAAGAACUGGUUGGGUCCAUCCAAAUCUGAAUUUGGAAAACCCAGAAAAAAUAGUGGACGUCGGCGUGUUGGUGGGAUCAAAGAAGGAGAGAUGUGAAGUAAAGGUGGCCCUGUCAAACUCAUUUGGAUUUGGUGGGCACAACUCAUCAAUUCUGUUUGCCCCCUUGAAGUAAACUCGGGAUGGUGAUCUGCUUCCUUGUUGUUCAAUUACGCCACGGAACUGGCAACUGGGACUGCAUAUACAAGACUAGUGGACUAGCUCGGAGGCUCUUCUGUACUGCUGCGGAUGUUAGUUGGAGGUCCGAGCUGAGAAGAACAUCAUACUACUUAAAGUCAAGCGAAGAAAGUAUUGAGGCCGCACAAGCCCAGCUAUGUUCAUAUGUGCCGUCAUCACAGGCACAUCCGUAUCAAGCGAAGAAUUGCGUGGUGGCCUAUGGCCUAUGUUUAUUGUUUGUUGUUCAGUACAGUAUUGUUGGAUAAUCCAGACUUGCCUUCCCGGGCCGCUAUUUUUCCCCUCACCGUCUGCCAGCCCCUUAUUGGGGCUCUUUCCUAGAUCAGGUGAUGAGAGACCCCUGUGGAGGUGCUGCUGGGUUUUGCUGUUGUAUUGAUGUUUUAGUAACUGCGCUUCAUUGUAAGCAUGUCUGAACUUCUCAGCUCUGCUCCUCUUCGUUGCUCUACUUUCUUUUUCCAUGUAAACUAAGGUAUAAGAUUGGUGAACUGAUUGGAAUGAUGCUCACUGAAACGUAAAGGCCUUGUUUGUCGGCGUC